CCCAAGUUUGUAAAGACAACUCAGAAUAACACUUAAGUCUGCCUGAAUAUUAGCUACAUGGCAGACUGAGGUUCCUAUAACAAGGAAAAACAAAACCUAUCUAUCAUCAUUUAUAGCCUAAGAUUUGGAGGAAGACAAGACCAAAAGCAACUGGGAGAAACGUUGGGACAAGUUAUAGUCUUAGAUUCCUCUUAAUAAAACAAAUAUCAAUGAAAACUACAAUGUUGACCUUAGCCAAAUUUAUGUUGAUUUCAAUUUUGUUUAUUUCACUGCCAUUUGGGAGCUAUGAACAACAAAAUCUAGGAAAAAACAUAUCACAAAGCACUGCAGAAGGAUUGGUAAUGAUGGAAAAUAAAUCUAUGUCUUUGCAAAGUGAAGUAAAUGCAAAUUCAGAUAAUGCAAACAGAAAUACCUCUGAACCCAAGGCAAGUACUUCCCCAUCCAAAAACUACAGAAAAAUAAAUUCCACUGAUAACUUUUCAAUAGACAACUUCUCUCGGGAUCCAAGACCCACAACCACAUUUUCUACAGUGCCACCCUUGGUUCAUGGCUACAUUUCUAAAUUGAUCUUGAAUUCAUCUAUAACAAAUAAAAGCCUUUUGCCAGUCUCACCUUAUCCAAUCAAUUCUACACAUGCUGUAUCACCAGAAAACGUGAGUUGGUCCUUGGAUAAUGACACCAUGAACAUUCCUGACAACACUUCCUCUACAAUUAGCAUCAUCCCUCCAGCACCAACUACCAGAUCCGUGACUCCCUUGGUAAUGGAACCGACUGGACGGCUUACCACAACCACUGAAAGCCUUGCUGCUUUUACCCCCUACCAAGAAAAGACAACUCCACAGCCUACCUUAAAAUUCACCAAUAAUUCAAAAUUCUUUUCAAAUACGUCAGACCCCCAAAAAGAGAACAGAAAUACAGGAGUAGUAUUUGGGGCCAUUUUAGGGGCAAUUCUGGGUGCUUCAUUGCUCAGUCUCGUUGGCUAUUUGUUGUGUGGAAAAAGGAAAACGGAUUCAUUUUCCCAUCGGCGACUUUAUGACGACAGAAAUGAACCAGUUCUGCGAUUAGAUAAUGCACCAGAACCUUAUGAUGUGAGUUUUGGGAAUUCUAGUUACUACAAUCCAACUGUGAAUGAUUCAUCUGUGCAAGAAAGUCGAGAAAAUGCACGCGAUGGAAUUCCCAUGGAUGACAUUCCUCCACUCCGUACCUCAGUAUGAAACUAAGACGUAAAGGUGUCAGAUGGCAAGUGCUCAUCUACAUCUUGGCCUUUUAAAAGACUCAUCUUCCAAGAGGUUAUGCAAGAUCACUGUCAUGUGGACUGUGCUGGGAGAACUGUAAAAGCAUGAAACUAGUAGCAGAAACACAGAGGGAAUAAAACAUCAAAAAGAUUUCCUUUCCUACAAUUUUUUGUUGGACUGAAGCAUCUAUUAUAUAACUAUAAUUGGUUUUUGUCCAUUUUUUUCCUUAGUUGGAAAUAUCUGUGGAAUCAAGUAAAAUGAAACAAUAUCAUGGUUAGUACUCCUUGAUAGUUUAAUAAUAAAAAUUCUUUAACAAGAAUUGGAAACCAAAACUAUAUUUUCACUUAUUUUUUGAACAAACACCAAUGGAGUCGAUGCUUUAUUGUUCCAUGGGCAAUUCUAGGGUCAUAAAUCAGGAUUAGCAUUUUCUUCAAAGAACACUGGGGAAUAUAUAUACAUAAAUUAUAUAUAUUAUAUAUAUUUUUAAACUUAAUUUCAUCUUAAAGUGAGAAAAAGGAUAUGGCCUGCAGUGUCCCCUCAGUCCCCACUGUGGGAUAUAAAGGCCAUAACAGUGAAAGACUUAGUCUACUACAUUCUACUUCUCUGCAUCAGCACAAGGAAAAUCAGCUUCUGGAACUGACCCUUGACAAUGACAGCAUUGAGUAGACUCAUGGUAGGAAGGAGGAUCUGAACCAGGAAAGUGACAGCUCUCCUAAAUUCUUCAAAGUUUGGGGCACUCUUUAGAUUUCAAUUCAUUGGUGCCUUAAAAACUCAGUGAGGAAUAUGGUGAAAAAAGAUAGCCAAAGAAUGUACUUGUAUAUAAUGUGUACAGUUUUGAGUUGUUAGGCAGAUGUAGGGUUUAUUAUACAUUAGACCUAUUGUUUAAUCACAUGUGCAAUAGAGUCUGCAUCUCUAAAUGUAGAAACCAUAAGGCAAAGGAAAAAAAGAUGAAUGGGAAUAUUAAGCAAACAUAAGCUUCUGAACAUCACUUUCACAAGUAAUAUUACCAGGAGGUGAAUCUGUUUUCCAGAAUGUUUCAGUUUGCUUUAAAAUUAUCAUCUGAUUUUGGCAAGAAAAGUAUAUCCCUUGGUGUAGAAAGGACUAGGCUUUAGGGAUUAGAGGGUUAGAUCAAGAGUUAAAUUCCCAAAGAAGAAGUGAAUUAUGAAGAGAACAAACAAAGCAAGUUCCAGCCUAGACUGUUGUUGAAUUGACAAAUGGUGAUUGUGCAUGUGUGUGCGUGUGCGUGUGUGUGUAUGCUUGUGCAUGUGUGUAUAGAAAUCAAACAAUAAACCUGGAAAAUAAAAGCUGGAACAUAAGUAAUGAAAGCAUAUACUUACCCCAUAUCGCCAUAAAAAUAGCAAAGAAGACUGUCCCUCCAUUAUCAAACAAAUAUGUCACCUUAAUAGAAAAAAACAAAAAUAUUAGUCAUACUACUGAUUGUAAUAAUCUAGUGACUACUAUUUGCAUGUAGGUACUAUGAUUUUUCCACAAAUGAAAUCAACGUAUUUUUCACAAUUUGUGAAUAUAUUAUAUGAGAGCCUUUCAUAAGCCCUGCAACAUUUUUAUGUGACUUUCUCAUGGAAGAAGUGAGAGAGCAACAUUUUCCCCUUUUCUUCUCUUGUCUCUUAGAACACAACGUGCUCUUCUGCUUAGAAGCAUUUCUAGCAUCAGGAGGCAGUAUCUUGGGACACAAAUAGUCAAACUACCAUGUAAGAUGUAAGAACUUAGCUUUUCAGGUAACCCUAGAUGCACUUUCUGUUAGCACAACUUCCACAAAUGGAGAAGUUGCCAAAUGCAGAAUUCUGCCAGUGAGGUAGCACUUCCAUUGGAAAAGUAUCAGGUGGUAUCACUCUCAUGCUUUCAGAACAUGCUCUAGGUCUAGCAGAGCUUAUAAGAUGUAAUGAAUCUACUCUGAGGCUGUUUUAAGGAGUAUCUAAGAACCAUCGAACAGUUAUUACAGAGUUCAAGUGUUUUUAAAUCAGAUAUUAGCUGAAGCUUGAUAUAGAAUAAGAUACAGUAUGUGAUGUCAUUGAAUACAAUAUGAUCUUUGAGGUGUGUUUGAUUUUAAUUGUUUUGGAUUAAAAAGAUUAUUUGAUUUUAAUAAAAUUCAAAU